UCAUCGUUUCCAGCCUUAAAUAUAAUAAGGGUGUUUGCUGGCUGCUUUUGUUCACAUGGGGAUUGUGAGGAUUUCAAUAUCAUUUUGGUAGUGUUCUAGUUGUGCCGAAUUGAUGUUACAUUUGUUUUCCAUCAAAUUGGGGCAAUUCAAGGCUUGAAACAUAUAAAAGAUGAUGGUAUUACAUGUUGCCCUGAUUCGAGUCAAGUAAAGCCAUUAGUUGUUUGGUGUUACUUGUACGUAAUUGGACCUCCUCGGUAUGUAUAUCCAUGUAAGAAAGUGACGCUUUGGAUUCAAUAUGAUUUCAUAUCGGAUUGUCACAUUGUUAUGCUUGAAGCGUGCUUAAGUUGUCCUAGUAGCUUGCUGUCCAUAUGUAUUUGUGCAGUGAAUGAUAAACUUGCAUUUGUGGCUAGUGGGGUCUUCGUUCAGUUAAAGUGGUUAUUGGUGCUUUCUGCUGGGCCAAUGUGGGUGCCGUUGUCAAUUUUUUCUCCUAUAGCACAAUAGUGCAUGGAUGAAAGUUGCUUUCUUUGAGGUAAAGAAGUUGAGUAUAUUGAGCUAAAUCUUCACUGCAAUGUGUUGACUUCUUCUCAGCUUGCCCAUCUGCUUUGAGAUUGUAAAAUAUCAGCCCUCGUUUGAUUGGUGGUGUAGUUGGUUGUUCAUCCUUUAAAGAUUAAAAAAUAAAAAAGAUAUGCUAAGAACUUACUAGUUUCAAUUAGGUAGUCAAGCCUUUAAGAAUAGGUUUAUUCACUGUUGGAUGAGGUGGACUUCACAUGGAACCCAACUUUUGACGAUGCAAGUGAGAAAUCGUGAAUCCUAGAAUUCAUUCUUUAUGUUGUGAAUUCCACUCUAAUCAAGCAUUAGGUAAUUAAUGGUAAUUGGAUGUGAUGGUUGAUCUGGCUAGUUUCGCCGGCUGCAAUGGUGGCAACAGCAUUGGAAUGAGUCGCCUUGGCAGUGGUGCUGACGCCAACGGGCAUGGCAGUGGCUGUUAGACGAACAUUAUUGUUGGUUUUGAGCAAGAGAACAACAAUCAAUGACGAUUAUCAAAUAAUAUUUUAUUCAAACGAGGAAAAAAAGCCAUGUGAAAAGUGAAGUAACAAAGCCAAUUUGCAUCUUGGAAAGUCUUGGACUUCUUGAGUUUUUGAUAUAUGCGGCAAUGACAGUGCUAAAAAUUCGCAGCAAGAUGGGUGGCAAUGAUCUGCUGAAGGGUGCUGAGGUAGUAGUCAAUGAUAGGGAGCCGCUUAAUAGGAGAAUGCUAGUCCUUUUGAACACGAUUUUCCUGUUCAUGAGUUUUAUGCAUAGACCAUAAUUUCCAGUAGAUCAUACUAUUAGAUGGUUAUUUGUGACUCCUUUACCAUGGCCAGAGUGAAACAAAGCAACUUGCUUAAUGGAUUGUUUGGUGUGGUUGUUGUGCCUAACCCUUUUUCUUGUUUAGCUCAAAGCACGUGCUUUUGUUUUCCUUUUUGAAUAGAGAAAGUUAGCCAUCUUUGAUGACUUGUAGUUGUCUAACGAAAAGUCUUGGUCUUCUUAAGUUUAUGAUUUAUGUACAUGAAUAAAUAUAUGAUUGUGGAAACUACAAAUAUCUGAGGAUAUUCUCCAACUAUUACAAGACAAGCACUUGUGGACGAAAUGUAUUUUUUUAUCAAUUCCUCUAACCACUAUUGUGCAUCCUUGAAAGUCUUGGUCUUUGUUUAUUGUUUUUGGUAUGUGAAAGUCUUGGUCUUCCUAGCCUUUAUAGUUUUCUGUCUCCCUUAUCUCUUUAUCACUUAGAUUCACCAUCACCCAUGCCUGUCCCCGUGCUCAACAGUGUUCUCCUCCUGCUCGUCUGAACCUAGUGGUCUUGCUUGCUGGAUUGCUGUCAUUGAUCUCAUCCCAUUCACCGGUUUGCUCCAGGAAGUCUACUCGGUAAAGUGACCGAUUCAGCCAUGGCCAUUGGAGAGAUCGUUUUGGGUUCCUUCUUGGCUUCCCUCUUUCAAGUCUUGUUUGAGAAGUUGACUCCUCUCCUUUUGGGCUCUACACAACGAGAAGGAAUCAGCAUUGCCCUGCUCAAGGAGUGGGAGGAAAAGCUGAAAUUGAUUAAUGCAAUGCUGGCUGAUGCAGAGGACAAGCAACUUGAAGGUAGUCAUCUAGUGAAGCUAUGGUUGGAUAAUGCUGGGGACUUGGCCUAUGACACGGAAGACUUGCUCAAUGAGUUCGCCAUCAAAACUGCUCAAGUUAAGAUGGAGGUAGAAUCCAGCACAAGCAAAGGUCGAAUGAAAUGGAAGUUCUCUUGCUUUGGCCGAAAUAAACCCUCUAGAUGGAAUCUGAACCCAUCAUCGCUUGUGUCUAAAACCAUGGUCCAAGAGAUCAAUGGUAGGUUGGAAGCGAUCGUUGACGAGAUGGCUCGUCUAGGCUUGGAAGCGAAUGUUGUGAACAGAUCCAACUGCAUCAAUAAAAGGGAUUCUACUAGUUCUCUGCCAGAGCGUCGGUUUUUUGGCAGGGAGGAGGAAGAAAGGGAGAUACUCAAACUAUUGAUCCGUGAGGUCAAAAAUAAUGAUGCCACACUAAGCAUAGUCGCGAUAGUUGGGAUGGGCGGUGUUGGAAAGACGGCCUUGGCUCAGCAGCUAUAUAAUAAUGCCGAAGUGAAUAGCUAUUUUGAGAAGAGAGCAUGGGUUUGUGUCUCAGAUGAUUUUGAUGUCUUUGACAUAACAAAGACUAUUUUGCAGUCAAUCACCGGAUUGUCCAGCGAGGGUGAUCUUAAUGUGCUUCAAGUUAAGUUGAAGGAUAGUAUAUCUGGGAAGAAGUUUCUUGUGGUUUUAGACGAUAUUUGGAAUGAGAAGUACAAAAAAUGGACUGAUCUCUUAAAGCCAUUUGAAGUGGGGGCUAGGGGAAGCAAGAUUAUCAUCACGACUCGCAACCUUAAAGUUGCUUCCAUAACAGGAGCUUCGCCAUAUCAUUUGAGGGAAUUGUCCUUUGAUAAUUGUGUCAGCUUAUUAGCCUUUCAUGCUCUUGGAGCAACAAAUUUUGAGAGCCACCCGGCUUUUAAAAUAAUAGGCAUGAAAAUAGCCGAAAGAUGUAAAGGUUUACCUUUGGCAGCGAAGGUGUUGGGCGGUGUCCUACGUACUAAAAGUAAUCCUGAUGAAUGGGAAGAUACCUUAAACAACAAAAUAUGGGAUCUUCCAAUAGCAGAGAAUGAAGAGGUUCUCCCAGUUUUAAAAUUAAGCUAUGUCCAUCUUCCUUCCCAUUUGAAGAGAUGUUUUGCUUAUUGUGCGGUUUUUCCCAAGGAUUACGAAAUUGAGAGGGAUGAGUUGGUACUCUUAUGGAUAGCAGAGGGACUUUUAGAUGGGCAAAAAGCAAAUGAGAAUAUCUUGAAAUUGGGACGGAAGCACUUUGAUGAGUUAGUAUCUAGGUCAUUUCUUCAACAAUCAAGUAUCGACGUAUCUAAGUUUUCAAUGCAUGAUCUUUUGAAUGAUCUGGCAAAGUUAAUUGCAAGAAGGACUUGCUUUAGCUCGGGGGGCUCUCAGGUGGCAAGUAAUGAACAUGAUGUGUCAUCUCUUGAAAAAACUCGUUAUGCAUCAUUCAUCCCAUUGUGGUAUGUUACAUCAAAAUGCCUGAAACCAUAUCAAGGAAUGAAGGCACUAAGAAGUUUAAUUCUGGUGUGUGAUGGAUAUUUCUCUAUUUCCAACAAGGAGCUGCAUGACUUGCUUAAAAACUUGAAGUACUUGCGAGUAUUCUCGUUAUGUCAUUGUUUCAUCGAAGAGGUACCGAAUUGUGUUGGUGAUUUAAAACAUCUUCAAUAUCUCAAUUUCUCGUACACUCAUAUCAAGAGGCUACCUGAGUCAAUUGACACCUUGUGCAAAUUACAAGCUCUGAUUUUAAGAGGUUGUCAAAUGCUUUCAAAGUUGCCUCAAGGUAUCACAAAGUUAGUCAGCUUACAGUUUCUUGAUAUUAGAGAUACAGUGAGUCUAAAAGAGAUGCCGUUGGGUAUUGGUAAUUUAGAGGAUCUUAUUAUAUUGUCCAAAUUUGUGGUAGGACGAGAGAAAGGGUCGCAGUUGAAAGAGUUAAAGAAGUUGCCACAUCUUGAAGGAGAAUUAUUCAUAUCAGAAUUGCAAAUGGUAGAAAAAGAUAUAGAUGCAACCGAUGCUAAUUUUCUUCGAAAGCUAGACCUUGCCAACUUAUCCUUGCACUGGGAUAAACAUGUGGGAAAUCUCCAAGAUCAUGAGCAUGAAGCACGAGUGCUUGACUUUUUGCAUCCUCACACUAAUCUUGAAAAUCUCACUAUUUUGAACUAUGGUGGUGCAAGAUUCCCAUCAUGGUUAGGUUGUACGUCCUAUUCUAAAAUAGUGUCUUUGUGCUUGUGGGAUUGUCCUAAUGUUAUAUCACUACCCAUACUUGGACAACUACCUUCACUUAAGGAAUUAUCUCUUAAACGUCUAUGUGCAAUAAGAAUGAUAGGCUCUGAAUUUUACAGAGGUAGAAGGCCUUUUUCAUUGUUAACCACUUUAGAGUUCAAAGAGAUGUUGGUAUGGAAGGAUUGGUCUCCCUAUGUCGAGGGCUCAGAAGAAGAAGUUUCAUUCUUCUGUUUGCAGCAUCUUGUUGUCUGGGGCUGUCCUUUGUUGGUCGGGACAUUACCUUGUCAACUUGAUCAUCUCAUAAGGCUUGAAAUUCAUUCAUGUCCACAUUUGAAAAACUCAACCAAUGAUGUUUGUCUUCCAUCUCUCCAUGAGUUGUUCCUUAAGGAUUGUAACAAGGAGAUCUUGAAGAGAUUGGUCAACCUAACUUCUUUGACCAAUCUUAGAAUUAAGAAUCUUGUAGAGCUUGUUUGCUUUGAUCAUGGGUUAAUGAGUAACUUGAUCAAGCUAAAGGAGCUUCAUAUAGAAGGGUGUGACCAGUUACAAUACUUGUGGGAAGAUGGAAAUGAAAUGCUAAAAUCUAUUGCCAGCUUUAGUAAUCUCACUAUUUUGAAUAUUAGUGAGUGUCCAGCAUUGGAGAUGGAGAAUUUCCCUCCCCUUCCCAUCACCUUGUUGUCUCUUGAAAUUAGUGAUUGUCCGAAGAUGAAGUCUCUGCCAAAUCACUGGUGUCAUCUUACAUCCCUCGAGUACCUCCUUAUUAGACAGUGCAAAAAUAUCAAAUGCUUGCCUGAUGGAGGUUUGCCUCCCAAUUUAGUGACCCUCAUAAUUAAUGGGUGCGAGAAUCUGGAGCAGCCAAUGAGAGAAUGGGGCUUACCCCUGCUCAUGUCCCUCACGUUUCUAAAUAUCGACGGAAGCAGCAUGGGAGGGGAGGGAGAGAAGGUGUGGUUUCCUUCAGGAGACGAGGACGAGGAGGAUGCGUGGCGUCUUCUCUAUCCUUCCUCUCUAACACGUCUUUAUAUAACAAAUAUGAGGAACGUGGAAAGAUUAUCACGCGGUCUUCGGGUCAGUUUUCUUGCGGUUAGGCAUCCAUCUCAUCUACUGCGUUGGGCCUGCUUUUCUCUUCAGUCACUGCAAUGCACUUUCGAACAGCAAGUGAUUCAGCCUCCUCUGCAGAUUUUUGGCUGAGAAAUAUGAGGGAUGUGGAAAGUCUAUCAACUGUGGACGAUGUAACAAGCAUGGAGUGUUCUGUUUCCUUCGUCUCUACAUCUCUUUGGAUGAGAACUAUGAGGAAUGUGGAAAGAUUAUCAAGUGAUCUUCACAGCUAUCUCUCCAUUCUCGAAUGGCUACAUUUUAUGGGUACUGGAACUUGCCAGAGGAUGGCUUCUUUCCCUCUUCCAAGUAUUCGGCACAAUGCAAUUUCAAAUUCUGAGAGAUUGAUGCUCAAAACUCAGUGGUGACUAUUGGCACCUCAUCCAAGAUAUCCAGCUCAUCGUAGUUGAUCGAGUUCGGGUAAUAUAAGAAGAUAUCUCUCCAAUGUCUAAUUUUUGUCCUUUAGACUUUUGGAUGAGAAAUGUGAGGACUAUGGAAAGACUGUCAAUGGUGGAGGAUGUAAGAAGCAUGGACUAUUCUGUUUCCCUUGUCUCUAAUUUCUCCUUGGAUGAGAAACAUGAGGAACAUGGAAAGAUUAUCAAGUGGUCUACCUCUCCUCUCUCAAACAGCUAUCUUUUGUAGGUUUUAUUGGUACUUUCCAGAGGAUGGCUUUGCUCCCUACUCCGAGUAUUCAGCAUAAUGCGUUGUGAAAUUCUGAAAGAUCUAUGCUCAAAACUCAAUAGUGGUGACUGUUGGCACCCCAUCCAAGAAAUCCCGCUCGUUGUGGUUGAUUGAGUUCAGAUUCAAUAAGAAGAUUUCUUUGCAAUGUCUAAUUUUUAUUCUUCAGAAUAUCUUGCCAUCUUCUUUAUUUGGCAAACUCUCUCAGAAGGAUCAAAUGCAAACACUGUUGAGGAAAGGCAAAGAGGAGCAAUCAGGGAGACUAUGCUUUGCCACUCUGUUAAGUCAUCAUGAAAGCCUCACGUUUGCCACGAUGUAUUUUGAUAUAAGAUUGUGAGAAGACCGUUAUCCAAUACUACUCACAACCAUUUAUAUAUGGUAGGCAAGUUUCGUUACUAUGACCCUACCAAGCUGCCAGAGCUUCCCUCACGGAUAAGACAAGAUUCAUGCGCCAUCAUCGCUAGGGGGUUAUCCUUGUGUCCUCGCGUUCGUGAAAUAUCAGCUUGUGCCAAUAGGCCACAAUCACUGGUGAUCAGCGAUCCUCCAUAGUUUUGCAUUAGCAUUAUCAUUAGGGUCAUUCAGGAAAAACAAAAUCAUCAAAACAAUCACAUUUUUUAGGCUUGCAAUGGGAAGUACCCUGGUAUGUCUUGUAGGUUUUGGGUUGAAGUUGGGUGAGUAUGCGUAUAAUGUGUAGGUCUGAUUACUCUUGUAAUUGUUUAUUUCACACGACAAAGUAAUUUUUACUGUGGGCUACUUGAUUUUCUCA